GCAAACGUGCACUGUCGUUUCAUUUCAUUUUUUUAUCAUUCAAACAAAAAAAAUUAGCACCACCACGAAAUAACCACCUUCCUUCUAGAGGGUACCUCCGCGCGCCUCUCUCUCCGGCAAUUCCAUUUUUUUUCCCGAUCAAACGACAGUGUGUGCAGAUCGAUCAAUCAAUUAAGUAAUCAAGAAAUUCGAAGGUAACGAUGAGUGAAGUUUUUGAAGGCUAUGAACGCCAAUACUGCGAGCUCUCCGCUAAUCUCUCUAGAAAGUGUACUUCAUCCGGUUCUCUCGAUGGAGAGCAAAAGAAGCAAAGGCUUUCUGAAGUUAAAGCUGGGUUGGAGGAUGCUGAAUCUUUGAUUCGCAAAAUGGACCUUGAAGCUAGAAGUUUACAGCCUAAUGUGAAGGCUGUUCUUCUGGCCAAGUUGAGGGAAUAUAAGUCCGAUCUCAACAAUUUGAAGAGUGAAGUUAAAAGAAUUGCUUCUGGUAGUUUAAAUUCAGCUGCUCGUGACGAGCUUUUGGAAUCUGGAAUGGCUGAUACCCUGACAGCCUCAGCAGAUCAAAGAUCAAGAUUAAUGAUGUCUACAGGAAGAUUAAAUCAUACCAGUGACAGAAUUAAGGACAGUAGAAAAACAAUGCUGGAAACUGAAGAGCUUGGUGUUUCGAUUCUCCACGAUUUGAAUCAGCAACGACAGUCUCUCUUACAUGCCCAUAACACGCUCCAUGGAGUAGAUGACAAUAUUGGCAAGAGCAAGAAAGUGUUGAGUGGCAUGGCAAGGAGGAUGAACAGGAACAAAUGGACUAUUGGAGCUGUUAUUGCAGUGCUUGUUAUUGCUAUCGGAUUAAUCUUAUUCUUCAAACUCAAAUAAAAAAGAAGCCAGUACAUUCCUCUUGUUCACUUUAUGAUUGUUUUUCGGACAUUAUUUUUUUCUUUUGUGUGCAUUGUGAGCUUGCCAUGAGUUAUGACAUUAAGAUAUCUGAUUUCAUCAAUUGUUUCUGUACUCUCAUCCAAUUCUAUCAGCUGAGUGAAUUUCAGGUGUUUUAUAUACCUUAAAUGUAUAUUGCCUUUUAUGUCUA